CUUUCUGAACUUCCACCUCUCUCUCUUCUCAAAUUGAAAAACCCAUGAGCACGAGCUGCCGCUAAAACCUCACUGUGGCGGAAAACCAACACUCCUCUCUCCACCAUCCACCUCCUACUUUCCCUCUCCACAGAUUAUCAAUUUGCAGUGAACCCUUACCCCUUUCAUCUGCGCCGGAAAAAAUUACACAACAAGUCAGAUGAUCAGGAAUCGACAAUGAAUACUAAAGUAACCUCCAGAGACAUUCAGGAGAUCAUCACCAAACUCACCUCCGACAAGGCCAAACCUCGAGAUGAAGGGAUAAAAUUGUUGAAUACAUGGCUAGGGGGCGAGAGGUCUAUUGGAUUUUGUAGAUAUUUGUCUGAUAGAUCUUCGAUGCUUGAACCUAAUGAAAUUCCACACUCUGAAAGCUGGCCAUUUCUAGUCAAAAUUUUAAUACAAUGUUUGUCACUGGAGAUCUCCUCAAGCAAGAAGAGGUUGCCGAAGCUGAAUUUUGCAAAGACUCUUCGGAUUGUCGUGCAACGAGCUGAAGAUGAUAGAUUUUCUGGAAAGAGUUUUCCGCUUUUACCUGUGGCUAGGGUACUUUUCAACCACGUGUGGGAUGUCCUUAAAGAUGUUCCAAGCUUUCAAUCUGAAUAUAGUGUUAUCCUUCGUCAUCUUUUGGCAGUCACGGAAUAUAGAUUUCACAUUCGGAAACGAGUAUAUUCUAAUCUCGUACUUCUAUACAUGGAAAAGGUGGAAGCAAGCAUGAGCAAUGAAAACAUAGGGCAAUUAAACCCGAAGGAGGAAGUUUUCCGCUUCACCUUGACACUUCAAUCACUUCUUGAAAACCCACCCGGAGAUAUUCCCGACGAGCUGCGAGAAGAUAUGGUUAAAGGUUUUGUUGGAAUUUUUUCUCAUGUAAGGGAAGAAGGAAAAAUCUCAAGAAAACUCAUCGAGUGCCUCAAUAUGUAUCUGUUAAAGGAUGGACCUAAUUUGGGUUGCAAAUCCCUUGAAAUUCAUGAAGCUGUACAACAAUUUGUGUUCCGCUGCUGGUUUGCGACUCAUGAUCGGAGUCUUAAGGAUGUACUUGUUUGCUACGGGAAGCUGCAAAUAAGUUUAACUAGGGGAGUGGUUGAUGGGGCUGCUUUACUCGAACAACUUCUUGAUAUUGUUAGCAAGGAGCUGGACCAAAUGAGUACUUCUGGAGCCAGUAUCACCAGGAGUGAUACAACUAAGGAUGAAAAAUGUGGACUCCUAACAAACUCACAGCACAACCUGGUGGAGCUUGCUGCCCUUGUCUUUUGCCGGGCUUGCACUCAUGCAUCAAAAACACCAAAUGCUGAAAAACGAGGCAGGAGGGAGCAUAUUGUUGUCCAGAUAAAAGAGAGGCUCAUUGAGGGGAAAUGGUCAUGGCAUGCUGCAUUCUGUUGUCUUAUUUACAAAUAUUCAGAUCGUGUAAAGAGAAGUCUUUUCAGUUAUUGGUUUGGAAGCAUAUCUGCGAACUUUGAGAGAAUAAUUAACAAUGUUAGUAUUGAGCAUUCAUAUGACGGUCUUUUAUGGACUUUGAGGAGCUUGCUAAAACUUUCCUCCUUGCUACAUUUCGCUGCUCCAAACAUGGAAUUUUCACCAAAGGCUUCUUGUCCUGCCAAGAAUGAGGUUGAGAAAGACUGGAAUGUGAUAUGGAGUUCUCUCAUUCGGAGUUUGCCUGCAUUUGUAAAUGUCACCUUAAUUGUUGAUGCUGCUUUGAUGCUCCUUUGCAACAUUAUGUUGAGUGAUACAAAAGAUUCAUAUAUUGUUACUCCUGAGAUAUGGGACCUUCGUGUCUUUAAACGCUCACCUUCCGUGUCUGUUUUAUUCUUCAUCUCAUGCUACUUUUCCAGCAAAGCUAUUCAAGGUGAUACUCGGGAUGCUCUUUUUCUCAGACAAAACAUGUUACGAACAGUUUUGGCUUCUUUCAACUUAAGGGAAUGCACAUCAUUGAACGAGCGGUUGGUAGUUUUAAUACCAGCUGCUUUGUAUGCCCUUAGUGUUGGUUCUGCUCCUCCAAUAAAUGAGGCUCAAGGAUAUUCACAGCUACUCUAUGUGUCCGAGGUUAUGGAGGAACGGGCUAAGGAUGAGGAACAUUCACUCGAAAAUUUGCAUGGAUUUUUUGACUGCUCAGUGGAUGUCCUUGCAAGGAUCGAUGAUGAUUCUGGUCAAAGGGUCAGUCUUUCAGAGAACUGGCAAAAUAUGCAUUUACCCCGAGAAUUAAGAGAUCAGCUGCUUCCUGAGAUGGAAAAUUAUAUUAUAGAAUGUAUGAUGGAUAAAGAAAUUGAAAACAUGCAACUGUUUGAACUCAUCAACGCAUGUGCUCUACUGUCAAAUUUCAUGUAUUGCUCUUAUGCAACAAGGACCAGAGAGGCGGUCUCCCCAUUAUUUUACAAAUUGGGUGAAGUUGUAGUGGAAUUGCUGGAUCAAUCCAUUUUAGUGGUUGAUAAAACCUUCAAUGAUAUUAUAUCUGGUUGUUUAGGCGCCGACUCCUUUUUUGAUCACACACAGAUGACAGUGACUUCACUUAAAAGCUUUAUCUGCUCACCUCUGCUUAGCAUAUGUCAGGAGAAAGGUGAAAUUAUUACGGAAUUAUAUCCUAGAAUCAUUCAGUCUUCUGAGGAAUUUUUGAAAACCCUGGCAAAACUGUAUGAUGCAUGUUCGGGGUGCAGAAGGAACCCUAGUGGGAAAAAAACCCAUACUGACUUAACGGAGACUACAUCCCUUCAUGAUCUCGUGCCUUUGAGUAAAAGCAAAAGCUUGAUUUUAGACAUGGAAUUGGAUAUGAAUAGUGGAUCUGGUGACAUAGAUAGUUUAACUGUUGACGGUGAUGAGACUUCUGCAGUCUCCACUUCAUCAGCAAAUCAGAAAAUGGACCUUCUACUAAUCAUUUCGAAAUUUUUCUCAAUUUUACCAUUAGUGACAUGGGAAAUCUUGUUUUCCCUUAAGGAGAAAGAGACUAAUCCAAAGGUUUCUGAGAAGUUCCUAUUCAUUCUCUGUGAGCAUCCUCACUGGUCUUCCUCCAGACAGCUGUCAGAUUUGGUUAAGUCUAUGGCAGACACUAUACAAAUGUGGGAGAAUUAUAAGCUCCACAAUUCACAUAUCCUAGGUGGCAUUUGUAGUUUGGUGAGAAGCCUUCUAGUUACAGAUGGAUCUGGGAAACAUAAGAAUAUCACUCAUACUUCACGGGAGAGCAUGUCUGAAGAGUGUUUGAUUUCUCUUGGAGAUUUGGUGCAUAGAAUCUCAGCUGAUGGUUUUGCCGAUUGGUAUGACCGCACUAAGCUUAUUGGCUGCAUAUGCGAUUUUGUAUCAUUUAGACCUCAAAUUGCUCAGUCAAUGAUUGAGAAGCUGUUUAUGCUGCUCCACGAUCCUGAUUAUCGAGUUAGAUUUUUCUUAGCAUGUCGGAUCAGUGUCCUUUUUGAGACAUGGGAUGGCCAUGAUGAGCUCUUCCAAGAUGUAUGUUCAAAUUUUGGUGUGAAAUUGGUCAUGGCGUCAAAUGGAAGAGUUGUAACAGCUGAUAAAGUUUUACCUGCUGGUCCCCAGCCUGCUCCAAUGAUGGAAACUACUAUAAUAACUCUUAUGCACCUUGGACUGCACAGUGAAAAAAUGGAGUUAGAGGCUAUUUUCAUGAUGUGUGUUGUUGCAGCCAUUGAACCCUGUCAAAGGGAAUUGGUGCCUGCCUUGCUAGAUAGUUUAUCAAUGGAACUACAUUAUACAAGCAGGGCAAAGUACAUGGAAGAGCUUAUUGGAUCAAUCAUUUUCUGUUGGGUUACUUGUGGUGUCAGCUUACCUGCACUUGUUGAGACUAGAGAUCUUUAUGUCUUGAACAUGGAGCCCAUGAACUUCAUGCAAUACUGUUGCCAGUGGCUCCUUCCUGCCUUGAUCUUGAAAGAGGAGACUUCUAACAUAAAAUGGGUUGCUAAGGUCGCUUGCCAGCCUUCUGCCGAUUUGGUCAAGCAACACUUUGUGCACAUCUUUUCAAUCAGUAUGGCUUUGCACUGCAGCAAGAAAGCUGGAUCAGGUAAUGGUUAUAGGGUGCUGGGAACUUAUAUCCUACAGAUUGCUGAAUUAUCCGAGCAUGAAAGAGAUGAACUAAUUAAGAAGCGUAUGGUUUCUAUCGUGAAUCAAACUUUGUCUCUGGCUUCCAGUGUAUCAGACCCUCCACUUCCUUUCUUCUCGAAAGACACAAUUGCAUCUGCUGUUCAAACUGUUGUUGAUGGAUUCUUGGAUGGCGAGGAUCAAUCUAGAAGUCACAACCUUGCUGACAAGAUCAACAUAUUCAGACCGGGCAGAGUUUUUACGUUUAUUGUUGAUAUGCAUUAUAAAGUUACUACUGCAGCUCAUCACCGCCAUAAAUGUAACCAUUUGGCUGGCAUUGAAGUGCUUGUCAAUUUGCUUGGGUUCAGAGCUGCUAUUCCUAGUACUUUCAAUUACCUUCUCAAUUUGACUGGUCAAUUCAUUGGUUCCCAUUCUUUAAUGGAUCAAUGUUGCCGCAUUGUCUCCUCGUUACUGAAGAUAUCAAGAGAUGACCCAGCAGGCCAGACUACAAGAGUUCUGGGUGAACAACUUCAGUUUCUGGUGUCUAAGUUGGUUGCAUGCUGUGUACCCUGUGAAUCUAACGACAAGAUCUCCACAACUGCUUCUUCUCAACUGGUAUCACUGCUGCAUCAGCUUACUAUCAGUUGUGAUUCAUCUCUGCAUGAAUACAUUAAGGAGCUAGAGCCUUUCCCUGAGCUCGAUACAUUUGGUGAUAUACGAAGGUUUCAUCAGAACUUAUGCGAAGCCUACUCACCAAGAGUUCACCUACUAAAUCUUGUGAAGAGAUCCCGCUAUGUACCGCCUAGAAUACUUCUUUGCAGUCUGAAAGCAUUGUAUAAGAAUAUCUCUACAAAAGGAAAGCAUCUACGGAAGGAACUUGGUGAUGAUUUUCUCAAAGAUGAAUAUUGGCAAUCAGACAGUGAAAUUGUUCACGCUUUCUGGAAUCUUGUACCAAUAUGCAGCUUUGAUAACACAAUUGAUCUUGGGGCCAUGGUGUCUGACUUCAUAUCUAGGGUUGGUAUUGGUGAUCCCCAUCGUGUAGUUUUCCAUCUUCCUGGGGAAUCUCAUACUCUUGUAUCUGGAACAGUUAAUUUGGUUGGUACCAAGGAGUCAAAUAUCCACAUGGAUACAAGAAUAUCCAAUGAUAAUCUUCUUAUACUUAUGAGGCUUUUAAAGAAGUACCUAAUGGAUGAUUCUGUUGAGAUAAUUGACCUGGCUUCACAAGCUUUACAGGGUAUUCUUUCGACUGAAAGGGGUCAACAAUCUUUGAUACAGUUGGAUUCCUAUGAGAGGUCUCUUGUCGAGGUCCACUCAAAAGGUGUCAAUUUGAAGCUAGUGCAAAGUUUGAUUGCUGGUCUACAGCGUAAAUUUAACGAUAAAUCUAUUUCCAUAGAAGACUCAACCAUGUGGACUACAACUGACAAAACAUUUGAGGGAUGGAUUUGCCCACUUGUCUAUGCCCUGAUAAGAUUAUGCCAAGAUAUUGUGCUGGUGAAAUCUGAAGUUUCAGAACUUCUUUUCUCAACUAUCGUUGUUAAUAUUGCUGGCAGAAAGGAUUCAGAAGCGGAUCUCUGUAAAAUAAUCUCAUUCAAGGUACGAGAAAACAUCUUUAUUGAGUCAAAUGGAUUGAUGAAAUCAAUUCAAGUGUUCUUGAAUGCUCUGAAUGAGCUUCGACUGUGUAACGCAAUUGAAAAAACCAAGUUGUCAUCACUUCCUAAGCCAAAAUCUUCAAAGAGUAAUAAGUCUCCUAGUUCUGGGUCGAAGUCACGAUCUUCAUCAUUGAAAGUCAAGGAUCCUGACGCAUCUUCCUCUGGAUCAGUAGUCUCAACAUCACUAUGGGAAAAGGUUUACUGGCUCUCCGUGGAUUAUCUUGUAGUUGCAAAGUCUGCUAUUGAUUGUGGAUCUUUCUUUACGGCCUUUCUUUAUGUUGAACACUGGUGUGAGGAGCACUUUAAUGCAUUAACAUUGGGCACACCUGAUUUUUCUCAUCAUGAAACACUGCCACCACAUGUCGAAAUACUUGUAUCAGCUGUUACCCAAAUCAAUGAGCCCGACAGUCUCUAUGGGAUUAUCCAAUCUCACAAGGUGGCCUCUCAGAUUGUAACUUUUGAGCAUGAGGGUAAUUGGAGUAAAGCACUUGAAUACUAUGAUUUGCAAAUACGCUCAGUGCCAACUUUGCGAAUAAGUGGUUCUGCAUAUUCUUCUGAGGAGAACUCUCGACUGGCAGACCAUGCAUCCUUCUCUAAAAUAAAAAAUGACUUCACACAGAAAAAGCCUUAUAAAGGACUAAUUAGAUCUUUACAGAAAAAUGGUUGCAGUCAUUUGCUAGAUGUGUAUUGCCAAGGGUUGACUUCUCAGCGAGGUCGGUUUCAGCAUGAUUUAGAAUUUAUUGAGCUGCAGUAUGAAGCUGCUUGGCGUGUGGGAAACUGGGAUUUCUCUCCGCCUUAUUCUUUUGCUGAGUCAUCUGUAUCAUAUAAUUGCAGUGAUGGACAGCAUUUCAAUGAAAACUUGCACAGGUGUUUGGGAGCACUACAAGGAGGAGAAUUUGAUGAAUUUCAUACUAAGUUGAAUGAGUCGAAGCAGGCUCUUUUAUUGUCCAUCUUCCAUGCAAGCAAGGAGAGCACUGAGUAUAUUCACUCAAACAUUGUUAAGCUUCAGAUCUUUUAUCAUCUUGGUAUGGCAUGGGAUUUACGUUGGGGAUCUGGGAAUUUUGAUUCUUCUUCUGACAAAGUGAAAUUGCUACCUGAACCUACAGUCCCCGUCAUAGACCAGCUGCAAGGGCUCCAUAAAAACUGGAAGUGUGUUCUGAAACAGACAGACCUACAUAUGAAUUUGUUGGAACCGUUCAUCGCAUUCAGGUCUAUCUUGCUUCGGGUUUUAAAUUCCGUGGAUAGUAUAGUCCAUCAUCUUCGGGAGUCAGCUGCAGUUCUUCGUAAGGGCUCUAGGAUUUCUCAGGCUGCUGCAGCUUUGCAUGAGCUUAUGUGCCUCUGCUCUGGAAUGGGAGAAGAAUAUUCUAAUUUGUACUGGCUUGGAAGGCUAGAAGAAGCUAAGCUUCUCCGGGCUCAGGGGAAGCAUGAGCUGGCGAUCAACCUUGCAGACUAUAUUUCACAAAACCACCAGUUAAAUGAAGAAGCUGCAGAUGUAUUUCGCUUAGUUGGAAAAUGGCUGGCAGAGACUCGAUCAAGCAACUCGAGGACUGUAUUAGAGAAGUACCUGAAGCAUGCUGUAAAUCUAGCUGAAGAUUACGAGUCUGCAGACAAAUUGUCCAUUGAGAAAAGAAACCAAAUGCAUUUUCAUCUUGCACAUUAUGCAGACGCCCUUUUUCGUAGUCAUGAAGAAAGACUCAGCUCUAAUGAGUGGCAAGUAGCAUUACGAUUACGGAAACACAAGAAGAAGGAGCUGGAAGCAUUAAUCAAGCGAUUCAGGAGUGCAGCAAAGGGAGACAAAACUGAUUAUACACUAAAAAUACAAGAGCUCCAAAAGCAACUUGCUAUGGACAGAGAAGAAGAAGUGAAAUUACAGGAAGACAGAGACAACUUUCUGUCUACAGCUCUAGAAGGCUACAAACGUUGCUUAGUCGUUGGCGAGAAAUAUGAUGUCCGAGCGGUAUUUCGACUCGUUUCGCUAUGGUUCAGUCUUUCUAAUCGGCAGAUCGUUGUGGAUAGCAUGCUUAGCACCAUUAAGGAGGUGCAAUCUUAUAAGUUCGUACUAUUGGUAUACCAAAUUGCAUCAAGGAUAGGUGGCACAAAAGAUUCUCUUGGACCUACUAACUUUCAGUUUGCAUUGCUUUCUCUUGUGAAGAAAAUUUCCAUCGACCAUCCUUAUCACACAAUAUUUCAGCUGCUGGCCUUGGCACAUGGCGACCGCAUAAAGGACAAGCAGCGUAGUAGAAACUCGUUUGUGGUCGAUUUUGAUAAGAAAAUUGCUGCGGAAGAUCUCUUGAAAGAGCUAUCAUCUUACCAUGGGGCUACCAUCAUACAAAUGAAGCAAAUGGUGGAGAUAUAUAUUAAACUUGCUGAAAUGGAAACGAAGAGGGAGGAUGCCAAUAAAAGAGUGCCUCUACCAAGAGAUCUGCGCAGCGUUCGGGAACUUGUCCGCGUUCCUGUUGUGACUUCUAAUAUUCCUGUUGACCGGACUUGUCAAUAUGCUGAAGGGUUCUUUCCCCACUUCAGAGGGUUGGUGGAUUCAGUAACCGUAAUGAAUGGUAUAAAUGCCCCUAAAAGGGUGGAAUGCUUAGGUUCUGAUGGAAACAAAUACCGGCAACUUGCAAAAUCUGGCAAUGAUGACCUCAGACAAGAUGCUGUGAUGGAACAGUUUUUCGGUUUAGUAAACACUUUUUUGCAGAAUAAUCGGGACACAUGGAGGAGGAAACUGAGUAUUCGUACCUACAAGGUUGUACCUUUUACUCCAAGUGCUGGAGUUCUAGAAUGGGUAGAUGGAACUUUACCUCUUGGUGAUUAUCUUGUUGGAAGCUCCAGAAAUGGAGGUGCUCAUGGUUGCUAUGGAGUAGCAGACUGGACAUUCAUGGAAUGCCGGCAGCGCAUGGCUACAGUAUGUUUUCUGUCAUUCUAUUACAAUAGUUUCAUCCCGUUUAUGUUUGUAUCCAUUGAUCAUUUUGAAUCUUCUCUCUUGAUGAAUCUUUUUCCUGUUGGUACCUAUCUGGUGAGAUCUUAUUAUCAUAAUGAAAAUAUAAUUCCUUUGAGUUUGAUGCAAGGGAACUAA